CUACUUAGUCUCGUUUGUGACUCUGAGCUGAUUGGAAGUGAUUUUUUUACUCGGUCUCUCCCCUGUAGCCGUUUCAGUUCCGCUGUUUGUUUCGAUCAUCGCGCGUGGUAAACAAAAACAAACGAAAAUGAACAACGGAAGUGUGGAAAGCGAAAGAAAUGGUUCAACCACGGGAAAGCAGAAUGGCACUGCUGAACAGGACCAAUUUGGACCUCGGGAAAAUUAUCGUGUUAUAAAGAAUAUCGCGGUUCUUGGAUUCGCCUUUAUGAUUCACUUUACCGCCUUCCACGGGACGUCCAACCUGCAAAGCUCGGUGCACAGCGAUGGUUCUCUCGGCGCUUACACAUUGGCUGCGAUUUAUGGAUCGUUGAUUUUGUCGAACAUCUUUCUGCCAGUUAUGAUGAUCAGGUGGCUAGGAUGUAAAUGGACUAUCGUAGUAUCGUUCAUCGCGUAUAUGCCGUACAUUGCAGCACAGUUCUACCCACGCUUUUACACGCUGAUUCCGGCCGGGUUGGCUGUAGGAUUCGGUGGGGGUCCGUUGUGGUGUGCCAAGUGUACGUACCUAUCGGUGAUGGCCGAGGCAUUCAGCAUCAUCAAGAAGCGGAAAGUGCAAGCGGAUUAUUUGAUUGUUAAGUUCUUUGGACUGUUUUUCGUGUUCUACCAGCUGGCUCAAGUGUUGGGCAAUUUGAUCUCAUUCUCGGUGCUCUCCUACGGUGACGAUGAACAACCAGCUCACAACAUCACUGCCAUGGUCAACAUUUCGGAAACAUGCGGUGCCAACUAUGUUGCACCGGUGGACCGCCCACCACAGGAAGACACUAGUGAAAUAUUCCACCGACCAGACGCCGCCAAACUGAACGUUCUAACCGGAAUCUUUCUUGCCUGCAUGGCCGUUGCCAGUCUGUCAGUGGCGAUUGGUGUUGAUUCGAUGAAACGUUACAACAUGAACCGAACCGGAUCUGGAGCGGGAGUCUCAGGAAUUCGUAUGCUUGUCAUCACGGCGAAACAACUUGCCAACAAGUACCAGAUUCUUCUUCUACCGAUUACCAUGUUCAUAGGCGUGGAACAAGCAUUCAUUGCGGUUGAUUUCACUGCGUCAUUCGUUGCCUGCGGACUCGGGAUCAGCUACAUCGGUUACGCAAUGAUCAGCUUUGGACUAGCGAAUGCAUUUGCCGCUGCAGUGACUCCAUACAUCACGAAAGUGAUUGGACGUUUUCCGAUGAUCAUCGCGACGGCGAUAUUCCACCUGGUGUUGAUUGUGUUCAUGUUGCUAUGGAAACCGACGGACGAGUACUGGGCCUACUCGAUCAUCGUCGCUUGCUGGGGACUUGCUGAUGGGGUAUGGCUGAUUCAGAUCAACGCUUUGAGCGGUAUUCUGUUCCCGGGCAACGAGGAGGCUGCGUUCAGUAAUUUCCGCCUGUGGGAGGCAACCGGUUCGGUGAUAAUGUACGCAACCAGUCCGUUUCUGUCGACCUUCACCAAACUGGUAUGCAUCAUGGUUGUGAUGCUGAUCGGAACCGUUGGCUACACCAGCAUCGAAGUGAUGGAGUAUCGAAUCAAGAAAGGUGCCGCAGGGAAACGGUUCGAAAUGAUACAACAUGCGAGCUAGUGGUUCGAACACGGAAGGACUUUCGAUGUGGGUGUACAUACAAUUUCUAUUUUGUUUUACAUAA